AUGCAGACUGAGAGAGAAAGAGAAGACAGACAGAAAAGAGAACGAAGAGAAAGAGAAGACAGGCAGAAAAGAGAAAGAAGAGAAAGAGAAAAGGAAAAAGCAGUAGAAGAGGAAGGAGAAAGGAUAAAAGAGGAAAGAGAAAGAGCAAGGAUGCAGGAAGAUUUUGAAAGGGAGAUGGAACUGACAAGAAACCCUAAUGUUGUCUGCUUCAAGUGUGGAAGAGCAGGACACUACACUCGAGAGUGUUAUCAGACACAUCAGCAGUCAAAGCCAGUUGGUCAAGUGGUGAAAGAUAGUGACCAGAUUAGUCAGAGUGUUCCUGAAGAUAGUAGUGAAACUACAGUAGCUGAGUUAGCAGAUGUUGAGAGCUCAGUCCUUGAAGUUGGUCAAGUGACAAGAGAGAAGCUAAUGGAGCUGCAGAAGAAGGAUACAUCGUUAGCUGAUUUGUUUUUCAGAGCUGUUGAUCAAGAAGAGAUGCAACGAACUCCUGCCUGUUAUUAUCUGAAGGAAGGUUUGCUGAUGAGGAAGCAUAGACCUGCAGAUAUACCAGGUGAUGCUGAAUUGGAUGAAUAUUGUCAAAUUUUGAUUUCAUGGAGAAGAAGCAGACAAGCAGAGUACGAAAGAGAAGAAAAUUAG